AUGCCAACCGCAGUUGCGAAGGUCCAGCGGCAGGGAAUGAGCAAGGAGCUCUCUGAGCCUUUACCCGAGCCGGAGACUUUUGAGGGAUUGAAGGGGGUCAGGGAGAUCGCGGGGGAUCUGGCACAAAUAGGUGCAAACUCGGAGAUAGGCAUCGGCCGCGCAAGUGCGCAUCAAUUCGCGCGCAACGGCGCCCGCGCAAUCUACGUAUGCGACUUCGCCGACAACCACCUCGAGACACACAAGCGCCAACUCAACACCCUCUACCCCUCCACCGAGGUCCACAUCCGGCAAUUCGAUGCAGCAGACGAAGCAUCCGUACAAAAGGUCUGCCAAGAAGCUCUAGACACCUACGGCCGUCUCGAUGUCUUCUUCGCCAACGCAGGAAUCUCAUCUGGCAAGGUGUUCUGGGAGGAAUCAACAGAAGGCUUCAUGAACGUCCUGCGCACAAACGCUCUAUCCGUCUUCCUCGCCGCAAAACACGCAUCGCGCGCUAUGCUCAAGACCUCGGAUGAGAAACCAUACCCAAAGGGCAGCAUCAUCGCCACAGCAAGCGUAGCAGGUCUCCGCUCCAACGCCGGGCCCACAGACUACUCCGCCUCCAAAGCCGCCGUCAUCAGUCUCAUGCAGACGUGCGCAUACCAACUCGCCGGCUCCGGCAUCAGGUGCAACGCCGUCUGCCCUGGGCUGAUCGAAACGGGUAUGACGAGGGUCACGUACGACGCGGCGAGGAAGAGGGGUAGCGAGCAGAAGAUUGGUCAGUUGAAUCCACUUCAAAGAGGAGGGCAGCCGGAUGAGAUUGCGAGGGCGGUGCUGUUCCUGGCUAGUGAUGAGGCUAGCUAUGUUAAUGCGCAGGCUUGGGCUGUGGAUGGUGGGUUGAGUGGAGGACUGCCUUUUGUACCGGGGAAGUUGGCGUAG